GAGGCGACCUCAGCCGAAACUUUGUGCAUUCCCCGAUCACGUUCAGAGCGUCGAGGGAGUCGCCAGCGAGCACCACCGCGCCAGCAAGAUGGCCAGCGAAAACUGCAAGGAUGCCCAGGGCAACACGGUGAUUGUGUGCGAUAACGGCACUGGCUUUGUCAAGUGCGGCUACGCCGGUGCCAACUUCCCCGCCCAUAUCUUCCCAUCCCUGGUCGGUCGCCCCGUCCUCCGUUCACAAGCCCAGGUCAACAACGUCACCCUCAAGGACAUUAUGGUCGGCGAGGAGGCGUCACAGCUUCGCUCCAAUCUUGAGGUGAACUACCCCAUGGACAACGGUAUCGUGCGCAACUGGGAGGACAUGCGUCAUGUUUGGAACUACACCUUUCAUGAAAAGAUGCAGAUUGAUCCCAAGGGGUGCAAGGUCGUCCUGACAGAGCCGCCAAUGAACCCGGCGCGCAACCGCGAGCGCAUGAUCACUGAAAUGUUCGAGACCUUUGAGUUUGAGGGCGUGUACAUUGCCGUCCAGGCCGUCCUGACCCUCUACGCCCAAGGUUUGAUGACUGGUGUCGUCAUUGAUUCCGGUGAUGGUGUGACCCACAUUAUUCCCGUUUACGAGGGCUUUGCUCUUCCCCAUCUGACCCGCCGUCUCAACGUGGCGGGCCGCGAUAUUACCCGCUACCUCAUCAAGUUGCUGCUGUUGCGCGGCUACGCCUUCAACCAAUCGGCCGAUUUCGAGACAAUUCGCAUGAUGAAGGAGAAGCUUUGCUAUGUAGCGUACGAUGUUGACAUGGAGCAGAAGCUGGCCAACGAGACAACUGUUCUGGUGGAAUCCUACACGUUGCCCGAUGGUCGUGUCAUCAAGGUCGGCGGCGAGCGCUUUGAAGCACCCGAAGCCCUCUUCCAGCCCCAUCUCAUUGGCCUCGAGGACGCUGGCGUCGCCGAGAUGCUCUUUGACUGCAUUCAGUCGGCUGACAUUGACACGCGGCCGGAGUUCUACAAGCACAUUGUGCUGUCGGGUGGUAGCACCAUGUACCCCGGCUUGCCCAGCCGUCUGGAGCGCGAGCUUAAGCAGCUUUACCUCGAGCGUGUGCUCAAGGGCAACACGGCGGCGCUGUCCAAGUUCAAGAUUCGCAUCGAAGAUCCCCCACGCCGCAAACACAUGGUCUUUUUGGGCGGUGCUGUUCUGGCACAGCUCAUCAAGGACAAGCCUGAGAUGUGGAUCACAAAGCAGGAGUACCAAGAGCAGGGUGUCAAGUGCCUGGCCAAGUUGGGCGUCAGCUCGUAAUUUUUUUUUUUCCACCUCGUGGACUCGCUUGUUUCUCGUCCCGACCCUCUACGAUGGCGAUGCCUUGACCGAUGGUCAGGUCGUCCUGAGGGCAGGGCAUGCGGAUGAAUGUUGGAGGGCAUGGACGCGGUUGCGUUGAGCUCUUGAUUCAAUGACAAUGGGAACGAGAAUGGAGCUGUUCUUUUUUUCUUAAGCCUCUCUGUGUGUGGGCGUAGCUCCUUUGUUUUUUCUCCUUCUCAUUCGUUUGAUCGUGUCUUGUCUUGUGUGAAUGUUCUCUUGUCUGGGCUUCCCUUGGCCCGUCUUGUUCAGGCUGAGGUGUGCAACGUGCUGCUUCGUUUUUCCCUUUUCUCUUUUUUUUACAAGAAUUGACCCUGUCUCUAG